AUGGCAGAGAAAUCCACAAUGGGAGUGAAACAUCGAUCGCAAAAUACUGGAUCAUCAUCUGGGAGCGGAUCAUCACAUCGUUGUGGAUCAGUUACUUAUAGUCAUUUGAAUAUAGUCAUCACAACCUUAAUAGUGUUUGCAUUAACAGUGUUUUUAUGUGGUAAAUUAGUGACUUGUAAUGUUAUUAACAAUAAUGUAAUUAAUAGUGAUAUAAUUGCAACACAUCAUCAUCCAGACAAUAGUUUUAGCCUUUCAGUGAUCCCACACGACAUUCAUCCAGGAUACAGUGUUAAACAAUUCAUAACGAAUAAAACACAAAAUUUAAAUUUUCAUUUAGUUGAAACUGGCUUCUCCGAAUUCUUUACAAUACUUGAGAAUGGUUUAUUGAUGACCACAUCUGAUGUGAGUCCAUUAAUCAAUCAGCCAAUUAAUUUAAUUGUAUUGGAACAGAGUCCAAAUACAACAUCAUCGCAUACAUUACAAGUAUUCGUAUUGGAUCGUCGAAAUAUGUUACGUUUUAAAACAACGGAGGAUUUACAUGGACAUGUUCUAGAGAAUAUGCCAUCAGGUACACGUGUUAAAGGAUUAACGCUAAUUCAAGCGACGACAAUUGGAAAACGUACUACACCUAUUGUGUAUACAAUUAUCGAUGGGAAUACAGACGAUGCAUUUACUUUACAAAAUAGUAUGACCGGGGAAAUUCAUGAUAAGAUUGCAAUUGACGAACGUAAUGAAGGUGUUUACUUAGUUACUGCUAAAACUUUGGAUCGAGAGGCAAUUAAUAAUUAUACAUUGACGUUAGAGGCUUGUGAUCGUACCGGAAUAAAUAAGGCGAAUAUUAAAAUUCUUAUAAACGUAGACGAUGAUAAUGAUCACAGUCCAAUUUUUACUGAAAAAGUAUAUAGAUUUGUUAUCGGAGAUUCAGAAAACGUCGAGAGUGAUAAUACUACGGAAGAUAAAUGGAAACGUUUUUCAGCAGUUGGUAAAGUCGAAGCUACUGACGCAGAUGGAGAUAAAGUUAUUUAUAAAUUAUUAGUACCAAGUAAUAUUGUUGUAAUCGUCCCACAAACUGGAGAGUUACUAUUAACAGGAGAACCCCCACAAAAUUUGGAAAAUGACAUGGAAGUAGAAUUAUUAGUCGAAGCUCACGAUUUACGAGUACCCAGUCGUAAUUCCAAACAACCGGCACAAGUUUUAUUUGAAUUGAAAGCACCACCCAAACCGGUGGAAUUAGAUGAAGCAUUACAGGAAUUAGAAGAUCGUGAAUUGCAUCGUGGUAAACGACGUGUAACACGUGCUGUGCGUCCAACGAAACGUGUUGAUUUCGCUGAAUCGGAAGGUGACACAGAAGGUAGAAAUGUUUUUCAAUUAGAGAAAGAAACUGAUCGGGAGACAUUUAAGAUACGUGAUGAAAAUCCAUGGGUGACUGUUGAACCAAAUGGCGCUGUGCGUGUAAAAAAGAAGUGGGACUAUGAAGAAUUAGGACCAGAGAAAACUAUUGAUUUUUGGGUGACAAUUACAAAUGCUGGAACAGCCGGAUUACGAUAUACGGAUAAUCAACGAGUAAUUAUAUUAGUAAAAGAUGUCAACGAUGAACCACCAUACUUUAUUAAUCGACCAUUACCAAUGCAAGCGGUUGUUCAAUUAAAUGCGCCACCAAAUACGCCAGUUUUUACUUUACAAGCACGGGAUCCAGAUACAGACCAUAAUAUUCAUUAUUUUAUUGUUCGAGAUCGAACAGGUGGUCGUUUUGAAGUAGAUGAACGAUCUGGUGUUGUACGAACGCGUGGUACAGAUGUUUUUCAAUUGGAUAUGGAGUAUGUAUUAUAUGUAAAAGCUGAAGAUCAAAACGGACGAGUUGAUGAGCGACGAUUUCAAUCGACACCAGAAGAACGAUUGUCAAUUGUUGGAGGAAAACGCGCUCCUCAAUUUUAUAUGCCAAGUUACGAGGCUGAAAUUCCGGAAAACCAAAAGAAGGACUCAGAUAUAAUUUCGGUGAAAGCAAAAUCGUUCGCUGAUCGUGAAAUUCGAUACACUUUAAAAGCACAAGGACAAGGAGCAGGAACAUUUAAUAUCGGUCCUACAUCUGGAAUCGUUAAAUUAGCAAAGGAAUUAGAUUUUGAAGAUUUACGACAACCUCACGUAUAUUCUUUAGUUGUAACAGCUACGGAGGAUUCUGGAGGAUUUUCUACAUCAGUUGAGCUUACAAUACGAGUAACAGACGUUAAUGAUAAUGCUCCUAAAUUCGAAUUACCUGAUUAUCAAGCCCACAAUGUCGAUGAAGAUAUUCCGCUGGGUACUAGUAUAUUGAAAGUGAAAGCGAUGGACAGUGAUAGUGGCGCUAAUGCAGAAAUUGAAUAUCUCGUUUCGGAUGAUCAUUUCAGUGUUGAUUCAAGUGGAAUUAUUACUAAUAAUAAACAAUUGGACGCUGAUAACAAUAAUGCAUAUUAUGAAUUUGUAGUAACAGCGAAAGACAAAGGAGAACCAUCAAAAACUGGAACAGCAACUGUAAGAGUUUACACGAAAAAUAAAAACGACGAAGAACCUAAAUUUUCACAACAAGUAUAUACUCCGAAUGUUGAUGAAAAUGCGGGACCAAACACGUUAGUAACGACGGUUGUUGCAUCUGAUAAAGAUGGCGAUAAUGUACGAUUCGGUUUUGUUGGUGGUGGUACAAAUUCAGGGCAAUUUGUGAUUGAAGAAAUCACUGGUGUUAUACGAUUACAUGGUAAAUCCAUUUCAUUAGAUCGAGAUAAGUAUGAGCUUAACGUUACAGCUAUGGAUGAUGGUGCAUGUUGUGCGAACGGUGAUUCGACAAUUCAUACAAGCACUGCAGUAGUAGUGGUGUUCAUUACCGAUGUUAAUGACAAUAAACCAGUAUUUAAAGAUUGUGGUACAUAUUAUCCCAAAGUGGAAGAAGGUGCUCCAAAUGGCUCGCCAGUAAUUAAAGUACAUGCAACAGAUGAAGAUAAAGGUGUAAACGGUCAAGUAAAAUAUUCAAUUGUACAGCAACCAAAUCAGAAAGGAACUAAAUUUACGGUUGAUGAAGAAACUGGUGAAGUUUCAACAAAUAAAGUAUUUGACCGUGAAGGAGAUGAUGGCAAGUUUGUAUCAGUGACUGUAAAGGCUACCGAUCAAGGUGAACCGUCUUUAGAAGGCGUAUGUUCAUUCACAGUUGAAAUUACGGAUGUGAAUGAUAAUCCACCAUUGUUUGAUCGACAAAAAUACGUUGAAAAUGUAAAACAAGAUGCAAGUAUUGGUACAAAUAUUUUAAGAGUAUCUGCUUCUGAUGAGGAUGCUGACAAUAAUGGUGCAAUUGUCUAUACAUUAAGUGCACCAACAAAUUCAAUGGAUUUAGAAUAUUUUGAAAUCCAACCCGAGUCGGGUUGGAUUGUACUAAAAAAGCCUUUAGACAGAGAGACAUACAAGCUGGAAGCCAUGGCUCAAGACAAAGGGUAUCCACCCUUGUCCAGAACCGUGGAAGUACAGAUAGAUGUUGUGGAUCGCGCAAACAAUCCGCCCGUGUGGGAUCAUACAGUUUAUGGCCCCAUCUACAUAAAAGAGAAUCUCCCAGUUGGGGCAAAGGUUGUGUCAGUCAAGGCCAGUUCUGGUAUUGAGAACAAUCCAACGGUUUUCUACCGGUUAAUGCCCGGUUCAACUGCUCAAACAAAUAAAUUUCAUACUUUCUAUCUGCAACAAAGAGCGGAUAAUGGAUUUACUUGGGCGGAUAUAAAAGUUAAUCAUCCGCUCGAUUAUGAAACUGUGAGAGAAUACAAUUUGACAAUACGUGUUGAGAAUAAUGGGGCCCAACAAUUAGCAUCUGAAGCCACCGUCUACAUUAUGCUGGAAGAUGUAAAUGAUGAAAUUCCACUUUUUACUGAACGUGAACAAGAAACUGUCUUAGAAGGCGAACCAAUUGGCACCAAAGUGACUCAAGUAAAUGCUAUUGAUAAAGAUGGAACUGGUCCUAACAAUGUGGUAUAUUACUAUAUUGUGGACUCACCUCGAAAUGAGGGUAAGGAUUUCUUUGAAAUCAAUCAACAAUCUGGAGAAGUAUUCACGAAGAUUGUGUUUGAUCGAGAGAAGCAAGGAGCUUACGCAUUGGAAGUGGAAGCUCGUGAUGGUGCACCUUCAGCUCGUCCCAACUCUAACAACAUGCCCAAUUCAGGUUUGUUUCAAGUUAAAUUUAUCAAUUGAUUUGGGUA